AUGCGUGACAAAAUGUGACACGACGCGUAAAGGCGCGGUCCAUGGACCCGUGCGUCUCCGCUUGAAAUCAACGCGACCUAGACGCGUCUAAUCUCCUUCCCUUUCUCUUCAUUCUCUUUCUCUUGUACUUACCAUGCUGGAAGCAAGACUCCAAGAAGCAGCCCUUCUCAAGCGUCUGCUAGACUCUAUUAAAGAGUUGGUGACAGAUGCCAACUUUGAGUGCAAUGAAGAAGGAAUCAAUCUUCAAGCCAUGGACAACUCCCAUGUAGCUCUCGUUGCUGUCAAGCUUGAAGCGACAGGUUUCAAAAAGUAUCGCUGUGACCGCCCAAUGCCUCUGGGUGUCAAUCUCGCCUCCCUCACCAAAGUUCUUAAAUGUGCCAAGGAUGAUGAUAUCUGUAUCAUCAAGGCGAGCGAUGAUGCUGACAUUUUGAACCUCGUCUAUGAAGCAAGAAGUUCUGACCGAAUCGCGGAGUAUGAUAUGAAACUCAUGGAUAUCGAUGCCGAGACCCUUGGUAUUCCAGACACAGAGUACGAUGCACGAGUUACCAUGACCGCGUCAGAAUUCACGAGGAUCGUUCGCGAUCUGUCACAACUGGGCGAAUCUGUGCGGAUCGAGGUAUCGAAGGAAGGUGUCCGCUUUGCAAGUGAGGGCGAAGCCGCAAACGGUAGCGUGCUGUUAAAGCAGACCGAGGCUGCAAGGGAGAAGUACGCCAACUAUGGCAAGGAAGACGAAGAAACUAAGGAGGAGGACGAUGAUGACGAUGACGAAGAAGGGAGUAGCAGUAAAAAGAAGGUCAAGAAAGAGAAGAACGUGAAGAAAGAGGAUGGUGACGUCGAGAUGGAGGGCGAGGAAGAUGACGAGGAUGAAGAUAAGGACGGCGAGUUCAAAACUAAGUCGGACGAUGAGGGUGAGGAGGAACAGGACCAGGAAGAAGAAGACGAGAAGAAGAGUAGCAAGAAGCGCAAGAAGGCACCCGCAAAGACCAAUGGCAAGCCCGCCAAGAAAGUCAAAAAGGCGGACGAGACUCCCACAGACGGAGGGGUGCUCAUUGAGAUGAAUCAACACGUGUCGCUAACGUUCAGCUUGAAGUACCUCGUCAACUUCUCAAAGAGCUCAGCGCUAUCAAACACGGUACAGCUCAUGAUGAGCAACGACGUGCCACUUCUUGUAUCUUACAAAUUCGGACAAGGCGAGAUCAAGUACUACCUCGCACCAAAAAUUGGAGAGGAAUAAUCGUGCUCUCACUGUAUAUCACUCAUCUCACAUGUCGGUUUUGUAUCUAUGAUAAUCCAUCGCUUUCCGUUCCUUCUGUGUACUAGUGGGC